AUGCCCCUCGGCGGAUCAGUUACCCGCGGCGUUGGAUCGUCGGAUGGGACGGGGUAUAGAAAAUCGCUGUUACAGAUGAUUCAACUCUAUGGCAUGAAUGCUCGCAUGGUAGGCUCGCGAAAAGAUGGACUAAUGCCCAACAAUGACCACGAAGGGUGGCGUGGGUUCAGAAUUGACCAGAUCGAGGGGAAGGCUCGAAAAUCCGUGAAAACCUUGACCCCAAAUGUCGUCUUGGUUAAUGCUGGCUCUAAUGACUGCCUCCAAACUUUCAAUAUUAUGGAGGCCGGUAACCGCAUGGGCGGUAUGCUCGAUUAUCUGUGGCUGGCUUCCCCUAAAUGCACCAUCCUCCUUUCUACUUUGCUUCAAAAUGCAGAUAAAGAGGCGAACUCGGUAGUGAUGCGCGUCAACGACCAGUUCCGCGCCCUGGCCCAAUAUAAGGCGACCGAGCAGAGAAAGAUCGUUCUGGUGGACAUGGACACAUCGGAUGGACCGGACGUUCAGGGAUUCGUUGAUGGCAUACAUCCAGAUGACAAGGGCUACCAUAAGAUGGCAAGCUUAUGGUUCCGUGGCAUACAGGAAGCCCUCCAAAAAGAGUUCAUUGAUGGUUCAAAAUAUCUUCAAUAA